UCCGUGCUGCUUCUGCACUGCAUACGGGAGACAGAGCCAAAGCGUGCUUCUCACGCCAAAUACGUGGGACUGGGAGAGGAAAACUCUGAAUAUGUGUUACUCCUCCCUUGAGCCGCCUCUUUCAAUGCGAGGCGUUCCUUUAAUUUUUGAUUUUAACACACUCCAAUAAGAUCACUUGAUUCCCUGCUGACAGCUCAACCAGCCCCGCCUUCAACCUACUUCAACACACAACUUUAGCUCUUUGAUACGGAGCGUUUGAUUUGUCUUCACCAUGCUAAUUCUGUAUAAGUAUUUCUAAUAUAUACUACGCUUAAAGUUUGGCGAUACGACGUCGAUAUUUGUCAGGUGAUACAGGGAUCUACACAAUGCAAAAUGGACAAAAAGGAAAACACAGACAUCGCAUUUAAAACUACUGGAUGCACCUGGUUAAGUUCAGUCAGCGAUCAAGUUGGAGUUCCUUUGGAUCAGGUGAAUUUCAUUGCCUGUCAGAUUUUGGGACUAGCAGUUGCAUUUUGGUUUCGUCUUGGUCUCAAUCCGCAGCAUAACACCCCUGAGGUUCGACAUGCUGUUGCUACCAUUAUUGGAGCUUCAUUCAUUAUGUUUUGCUUCGGGUGGUAUGCCAUACAUGUCUUUAUCCUGGUGUUGGCUUGUUAUGGAAUUUUGAUCAAAUCCAGUGUAAACGGUGUUCACAGAUAUACUAUGAUUGCAUCAGUAGGAUACCUCAUUGUUUGCCAAGUGAGCAGAGUCUUCAUAUUCGACUAUGGCAUCUUGUCCACGGAUUUCUCAGGCCCUUUGAUGAUAAUAACACAGAAGGUCACUACUCUUGCCUUUCAGGUACAUGAUGGUAUGUGUCGAAAGCAAGAAGAACUUAAAGAUGAUCAGAGACGUCUGGCUGUACACUCUAAGCCAUCACUGUUGGAGUACCUAAGCUAUAAUAUUAAUUUUCUGAGUGUCUUGGUGGGACCCUGCAGUAUCUAUAAAGACUACAUAGAGUUUAUAGAGGGCCAGCAUGUCCAGCACAGGCUGAAAAGAGUGAAAGACAUCAGCUCUCAGCAGAAUGGCUGGGAUAAAGUGCCUGAACCAUCGCCUGUGAGGGCUGUGAUUAAUAAGCUUCUUGUGUGCGCGUGCUGUCUGCUCUGGUUCUUCAUCAUCACAAAAGCAUUCCCCAUAACAUACAAUGUGGAUCCACAAUUCAUCAGCGAGGCCUCUUUCAUUACAAGAUUGGCCUAUGCCUUAAUUUCUGUCCAAGCAGCCAGACCCAAGUUCUACUUCGCAUGGACCCUCGCGGAUGCCAUCCAUAAUGCAGCGGGGUAUGGAGUCAGUGGUGUGAAUGAAAGGGGAGAAGUGUCCUGGGACCUCAUCUCCAAUGUUCGCAUCUGGGAGAUUGAGACAGCGACAAGUUUUAAAUCAUUCAUUGACAACUGGAAUAUACAGACUUCUCUUUGGCUAAAAAGUGUAUGUUAUGAUCGAGCACCAUAUUACCGCAUGCCACUCACGUUUGUGCUGUCGGCCAUCUGGCAUGGAGUUUACCCAGGAUACUACUUUACAUUCAUCACCGCUAUACCCAUCACCUUAGCAGCUCGCUCUGUGCGCAGAAACUUCCGGGAAUUUUUCUUGUCCUCUCCACUGCUCAAGAUCUGCUAUGAUGUUGUGACCUGGGCUGCCACUCAGCUGACUGUCUGCUACAUUGUAAUGCCCUUCCUUCUACUUGCAGUGGAACCAACCUUGCAGUAUUACAGAUCAAUGUACUUUCAUGUGCAUGUCAUCAGCAUUCUGGCUAUGAUUCUUCUGCCCAGCAAACCCAGUUGCUUCAAGUCUGAAAUUCAUGCCCUGCACUUCAACAAUAAUGUGAAGGAGGACUAAACCCUUCUGACCCUUCUGUUGUGUGUGUGUGUGUGUGUGUGUGUGUGUGAACUGGGAGAGCAGAGGCACUGAGAGACAAAAGCUACUUUGUGUGAAUAAACACACACACACGUUUGUUUUUGUGAAAAGUGAGGACAUCCCAUAGGCGUAAUGGUUUUUAUACUGUAUAAACUGUAUGAUUUAUAAGCAUUUUGAAAAAUGGGGACAUGGGUUAUGUCCUCAUAAGUCACCCUCUCCUUGUAAUAUCUGUGUCAUAACCACCAUUAUAAAGAGUUGUGUCCUGAUAUGUCACAAAAACAAGAGCACACACAUACACACACACACACACACACACAAUACCCAGGCCACAACUGAGCUUUAUACAAGUGUACACAGCCAGGGAUACAGUCCAUUUAAUCAAAAACACACUUAAUCAAAAGCAGCUUGAGAAAGUUUUUACAAGAACUGAUAAGAGCACACAAAGUUUGAUUUAUGCUGUACAUGGUAUAUGACAUAAGGAGGCAAGUAUCUGUUUUUGUCAGUUAAUGAAUGCUGCUCAUUUAAGGGUAUUUUAAAAUAGUUGAACACUGUAUUUUAUCUUAGUUUGUCAUGUUAAGACAUCAAUUUUGUGAAAUUACAGUGUAGUAAAUACAUAAUGGCUAUAAAUAAUGAAUUAAAACACUACUGCAAAUAUUAACUGAAGAAUAAUCAAAUUAGAAUAAUCAAAUGUGUUAUGAAUUGUGAUACCUGAAUAAAUGUUAUAGGUUUUUGAAUGAAUUAAUGGGCACUGUAUGUACACAUUCCCAAGUUUUUUUUUUUUUUUUUUUUUUUCUAAAACCCUUUUUUCUAAAACCCUGGCAAACAGAAUAUGUUUUGACUUGGGAAAGUAAGCAAGGUCACAGUCAUACAAGCCUACAUUGAACAACAUCAGGAGUAUCAGGCCCUUCCUAAUUGAGCAUGCUACACAAAUGUGCCUCGCUGGUGGCAUCUUCCUGUAACACCUGGACAAAUCAGUGACACAAUUAUUUGUUCUAUUUAACACCCCUACCCCCAACCAACAUUCAAGAAAUAAGGUUCUCUGGAACUCUUUUCCUGAAAUUAAAAUAACCCCAAAAGGACAGAUCAGACCUCUGGUUAUCACAACUAGAUAAGCUUUACAACUCAGUGGUAUUCAGAGAGUUUUACUCACUUAAUUCACUUUGAAUAGACGCAUUCUGACCAUAGGACUGCAUGCCACGAACCCCUAAACUGAACGUUUUCAGCAGUUAUUUGUGUUUGUGCCCUGGUGUUUCUGGUUUCUGGACAAAAACCUGACUUUUUUGUGCAUGGUAGUUUUCCAGUUUGCUCACUAAUGCGAUUAACUCCCAGACGCCAACAGAAAUGUUUACUCACUCACCGGUAAACCCACGUACAUUCCUGUGCACACAAGAAGUAAAGUCCCAACAAAAUCCAGGGUACAAAAAUAAGUCUCUGUCAGAAGGAGAUGCAUAAACGAGAACACAAGUGUACUAUUUAUGGAGGCUAUAUCUUUAACACCAAGCAUUUCUGCAGACUCUGUUGAUAUUCUCCUUGAUUUCAAAAGUUAAGAAUGUUAUUGAUGAUAUUGUUCUUAUAAUAGUCAGUAAGAAAACAAACAGACAGAAAUCAGUCUGGAGAAGAUCAACAGCAGUUCAGAAAAGACAAUGUAGAAAAGCAGAGUGGAUGUGGCAGAAGACAAAACUUGUAAUCCACUAUAUCAUCUAUUAAGACAGCCUUCAUACUUUAACGUGAAACUAGCCACAGCUAGACAGAAUUUCUUCUCAAACCCUAUAAACAGUAACUUUAAUAACACUUGUACUCUUUUUGCCACUGUUGAGAGACUGACAAACCCCCCCAAGUCAGAUUCCCAAUGAAAAGCUCUCAGACAGCAAAUGCAAUGAGCUUGCAUCCUUCUUUUCUGAGAAGGAAGGUGAUUAGCACAUCCUCAAGUAAUGCAAAGGUCAGACAGAUUAGGCCACAAUAUCAAAAAGAUACUAUGUCUAUUUUUGAGGCAAUUGAUAGCAAAAUUCUGGAAGACAGUGCAGCACCUAAAAUCGUCAACCUGCUAUCUUGACACACUUCCCACAUCUUUUUUCAAAAGUGAGAAAAAAGUUUAUCUGCUUAGAAGCAGAUCUUUUAGAAGUGGUGAAUGCCUCACUUCUUUCUGGGACAUUUCCAAACUCCUUAAAAACUACAGUUGUUAAGCCCCUCCUGAAAAAAGCAAUCUUGAUAACACCAUUUUGAGCAAUUUUAGACAAAUAUCUAAUCUUCCUUUUAUAGGCAAAAUUAUAGAAAAGGUAGUAUUUAAUCAGUUGAACAAAUACUUAAACUCAAAUGGAUACCUGGACAAUUUUCAAUCUGGUUUUCGAACCGCAUCACAGCACAGAGACAGCACUCAUUAAGAUAAUAAAUUAUAUUUGCUUAAAUUGUGACUCAGGCAAAAUAUCGGUGCUGGUAUUGCUAGAUCUCAGUGCUGCGUUUGACACUGUUGAUCAUAACAUACUACUAGAGAGAUUGGAAACUGGGUCUGGCUUUUUGGGAUGGUACUCAAAUGGUUCAGGUCAUACUUAGAAGGGAGAGGAUAUUAUGUGAGUAUAGGAGAGCAUAAGUCUAAGUGGACGUCCAUGACAUGUGGAGUCCCACAAGGGUCAAUUCUUGCACCGCUCUUGUUUAGCCUAUAUAUGCUCCCACUAAGUCAAAUAAUGAGAAAGAACCAAAUUGCUUAUCACAGCUAUGCUGAUGAUACCCAGAUUUACCUAGCCUUAUCUCCAAAUGACUACAGCCCCAUUGACUCCCUCUGCCAAUGCAUUGAUGAAAUUAAUAGUUGGAUGUGCCAGAACUUUCUUCAGUUAAACAAGGAAAAAACUGAAGUCAUAGCAUUUGGAAACAAAGAUGAAGUGUUCAAGGUGAAUGCAUACCUUGACUCUAGGGGUCAAACAACUAAAAAUCAAGUCAGGAAUCUUGGUGUGAUUCUGGAGACAGACCUUAGUUUCAGUAGUCAUAUCAAAGCAGUAACUAAAUCAGCAUAUUAUCAUUUGAAAACAUUGCAAGAAUUAGAUGUUUUGUUUCUAUCCAAGACUUGGAGAAACUUGUUCAUGCCUUUAAUGGGCUCCUCACCGGCCUUCCCAAAAAGACAAUUAGACAGCUGCAGCUCAUCCAGAACGCUGCUGCCAGGGUUCUGACUAGAACCAGAAAAUCUGAGCAUAUCACACCAGUCCUCAGAUCCUUACACUGGCUUCCAGUUUCAUUUAGGAUUGAUUUUAAAGUACUUUUACUCGUAUAUAAGUCACUAAAAGACCUAGGACCAAAAUAUAUUUCAGAUAUGUUCACUGAAUAUAAGCUUAACAGACCACUCAGAUCACUAGGAUGGAGUCAGUUAGAAAUGCCAAGGGUUCACACAAAGCAAGAAGUAUGGGUCACCAUACUUGGCUGAAUGUCACUUCACUUUAGUUACUAUGCCGCCCACAGUUGGAAUCAGCUUCCAGAAGAGAUCAGAUGUGCUAAAACACUAGUCACAUUUAAAUCUAGACUUAAAACUCAUCUGUUUAGCUGUGUAUUUAUUGAAUGAGCACUGUGCAGUGUCCGAACUGAUUGCACAAUAUUUUAUUUUAUGUAAAAUCAUUUGGUAACUGUUUAAAAUUCAUUUUAAAUAAGUAUUUUUUAUAAUUGUAAAAAUUUAAAAAAUGCUUGUUUUAUUCUUAUUAUUUUUCUUCAUUAUUAUUUUACUUUCUUUUAUGUAAAGCACUUUGAAUUACCAUUGUGUACAAAAUGUGCUAUAUAAAUAAACUUGCCUUGCCUUGC